GAUUGCAUUUAACAGUGAGAAGCAUGUGAGGGAAGUGGCUCAUCGGUGCAGUAGCACAUCUCAUAUUUAUGAGUUUUUGUGAACUGAAGCAGUGGAUGACUCUUGUCUUUGCGUUAUAGACCAGAAAGACUUUUGAAAAAGCAGAAAAUGCCAAAUGGACAGAGAGCCUGGAACUGCAAAAAGCAGCAGGUCAAAUGGAAAUGAAUCAACUCCUGGAGCGAAUACAUGAACAGGAGGCACUGCUCAGCACAAAACAGGGAGAGCUGGAAAAGAUGGAAGGAGAGAUAGAAAAACUCCAGCAGACAAUCAGUGGUGUAAAUCAGGAGAAAUCCAAACUGGAGCAUGAAGUGAACCAAUAUCGCACAAAACUAGAGAUGGCUUUGAAAGAAAAGGAUGCCAUUGACCAAGAGCUACAGCACACACAGCAGCUGAUAGAGCAGUUAGAGGCUCAGAGAGUGAGGGCAGAGGAGGAGAGGAGACAAAAAGAGAGGGGACAGGAGGCAGAGCAGGAGGUGAAGGUACAGAGAGCUGAGAAUGGUCUAGUUUAUUCAGCCCCAGAUGAGACAGUGCUCCUCCAGAGUGAGGCUCACACUGCCGCUCUUAAUGACAAUGAGGUCCUGCAGCACAAACUUGUCCUGUCCCAGAGCAAAGCAGAGGUGGCUGAGAAGAAAGCAGAGGCCUUUAAAAAACUAUUGGACGACAGCAACGAAGCUUUACAAAAACUACAAAUGGACAUUGAAACUGAGAGGAUCAGCAUCACCAAGAAAUCAGAAGACCUGCAACAGCAAUCAAUAAACUUAAAGAAAGUUAUCGGAGAACUGCAGGAAGAAAUCAGAUCUCUCCAAAGGGCCAAGUCUUCACUGGAACAGAAUGUGUUCUUCCAACAAACUGAGAUGGAUGGACUUAAAGAGCAGCUAAAGAUCACACAGGGAGAGCUACAGAAGAAAAACGCUGUGGAGCAGGACAAGACCAAUAAAAUGCAGGAGUUAGAGGAUGAGCUGGAUUCAAAACAGACAAUAAUCGAUCAGCUAAAAUCUAAGUGUGAUGAGCUAAAGAGAAAAAAUGUGUCCACUGACAGUGACUUCAGACAUUUACAGAUCGAGGCAGAGUCACUGGAGAAAGAAAGGGCGACAUCUGAACAGAAAAUAGUGACUUUAAAAAAUGAAAUUGAAAAUUGUAAACAGCAGCUUCUAAUUGUCAAAGAGGAGAAUUUAAAUGUGAAAAGAUCUGAACAGGCUUUGCAGCUUAAGUUUAAAAACCUAGAAGGCGAGUUACAGAAAAGUGAACUAGUAAUCUCUCACUUGCAAAAAGAAGUAGAUGAACUAAAAAAGGCCAAGAUAGAGACAGAGAACAAUUUGAAGAACGCUAAGGCUAAACUUGAACAGGUCAAUAUGGAAAUCGACAGCAGGGAUCAACAAAUUAAGAUACUGAAAUCUCAUGUCGAAAGUAGCAAAUCGCAGGUUAAAAUUAUAGAAGAUGAGCUCAAUAGUAAAGCGCAAAGUAACCAUGACCUUCAAAUUAAACUACAAGGUUAUAGCGAUGAGUCUAAGAAAACUUCUGAACUACAGCAAAAAAUUCAAACACUUAACACAAGCAUCGCCAGUUAUGAGAAAGAAAUGAGGACUCUCAAAUCAGAUAUGCAAACUUUAUCUACUGAGAAAACUGUAGCUCUGCAAAAGGUUGAGCGUCAAAAUGCAGACAUAAAUGAUUUGAAUGGACGAUUGAAUAGAAAGACUUCCGAGCUCCAAAGAGAGAGUGAGGAGAGUCGGAAACACAGGGACAAGGUCAGGGAAUUAGAAAGUGAACUUACAAAGUACAAGCACAGCUCUGUCAGCACUGAAAAAGUGUCUGUGCAACUCAAACAAGAAAUGACAACUCUUCAAAAUGACAAGAAGGCUGCGGAGAGGAAAGUCGAAAACUUAAAUUUAAAAAUAUCUGAACUGAAUAUUUCGAUUAAAAAAGCCAAUGAUGAGUUAGUGAAGGUGAAUUCUGAAUUGAGAAUGAAAGAGUCAAGGGUUAUGCAGUUGGAAACGGAGUUAAAACAAACUAGGACGACAGUAAAGGAAGUUAUGUCCAGUUCGGAUAGCUCACGGUCAAAUUUACAACUUGAAAACACAAUGCUUCAGAGAGAGAGGGCAGAUCAGAUGUCAAAGAACAUGUCUCUGUCAGCAGAAGUCCGGACUUAUAAAGAUUCCCUGCAACGCAACCAAAUCGAAAUCGAGCAAAAGCAAAGAGAAAACGCAGCCCUUAAGCUACAGGCACAGCAGAUGGAGGAGCAGCUGAGUAACUGUAAGAAAAUGCUAGAGGAGUUAAAAAGCAAACUCCAACUUCAGAAAGACACGUAUGAGAAGCAAUUGUUGUUAGUGCGGGCAGAGGUGGAAAAGAAAUUGAUUUUGAUUGAAAGUGAAGGGAAGGGAGUCUCGCAGGGAUCAGGAAUAACAGAAACGAUCAAAGGCGGCUUAAACCAAGAUAUCAGGCACAUUCAGACAGUGCACCAUACAACAGUGGAGACCAAACAAGGCUUAGACCAGCAGCAGAUACUAAAAAUCGAACAAGAAAAGAAUAAGGUUCUUCAUGAUUUAUCCGAAGCUAAGUCGCUAAUAUUGCAGCUUCAGGAAGACAACCGUAAACUUGGAUCACAAAUUAGCGUCUUACAAAAUCAGUACAGUGAGCAAGUUAAGGCUAAUCAACAGAAUGAUCAGGUUAAACAAACUCAAAUAAGUGAACAGGCUCGGCAAAACCAACUUAGUAGCCAGGUUAAACAAACAAGCAAAGUGAACGAUAAUGAUUUGAAGCGAUCGCUGAUAGAAAAUGAAGCGAGGUCAUAUCGGGAGCAGAUUGAGUCGUACGUGAAAGAAGUCAGAAGUCUAAAAGAAAAACUCAUGACGACGCCAGAUGUCAAAAUGAGCAGUGAAAAUACUGUGGAAAAACAGGCAGAUAUUCGACCCAGCUCGAUGAAGACUGACAUUCAGACGCAGCAGAAUGUGAUGUAUUCAAACCCAGCCAUUAAAACCUCUGCAACAGUGGACGGGACGCUAAAGACCAAAGUGUCCACAGAGGUGGCAAAGACCCAACAAACUCCGGAGGAACCCAAACAGCCGAACAGUCAGACAAUAAUCAGUAAAACUAUGCAUUAUGAAGAACCAACACAGAACCAAUCAAACCAAGCCACCAUGACCAAGAGACAGUACAUCACCAAAGUGUUUGAAAUCACAGAGAACGUCACCACCCAGUUGCACUCUGGAUCUGAAUCUGGCCUCAACGCAAGGAAAGAGGUGCAAGCUACUUCGGCUAUGUUUGAUGGAAAGUCAACAACUAUUGCUGGCGUGUACGUGGAGUCGAGUAAAAAGAAGUUGUCAUUCCUGGAGGCAUCCGAAAAAGGAUUCCUGGCGAAAACUUACGCUGUGGAGUUUCUUGAGGCCCAAGCUGCUACUGGGAGGAUCACAGAUUUGGCUAAAGGUCAAAUCCUUUCAGUCCUCGAGGCUGUUGAGAAGGGCAUUGUUGAUCCGGCUUUGAAAAAUAAACUAUUAGAAGCAGAGAAGGCGUUUACAGGUUAUGUUUAUGCUGGGAAAAAGCUAUCUGUGUUUCAAGCCAUGCAACAGCGGCUGAUUGAUAGAUACAGAGGGAAGAUGUACUUGGAAGUGCAGUGGUCUACGGGGGGGCUGAUCAAUCCAGAAACCGGUGGUAGAGUUCCUGCAAAUACUGCUAUUGACCAGGGCCUUAUAGAUAAAGAUACUCUCCAAAAUCUAUAUGAACCAGGUAGUAACAAUAAAGCUUUUCACAGCCUGGAUACUGGACAAAAGGCGUACUACUCCGAAAUACUUAAGUCGUGUGUUUUCGACAUUGAUGGUGGGGUGUAUCUCGUCCCAUUUGGGGAUAGGCAUCUUACCAGAGUCUCUCCAACUAGCUCCCAUAGAGUGUGUGUUGUUAGCAGUAGCCAGGGCAGCGAAAUGUCGGCUUAUGAGGCCUUUAAGAAGAACUACAUUGACAGCAGCACAUACUUGGCUUUAUCCAAACACGAAAGUCAAUGGGAGGAAAAGUACAUAGUUGACGCCAAUGGAAAAUCUAUGCGUAUUAUCAGUGAUCCUAAAAGUGGUCGAGAAAUUUGUUUAGAAUAUGCUUUGAGACAGCGUUUUCUUGAAAAGUCAGAGUUUGAAAGCUACUGCAGUGGUGUUCUCAGUAUCUAUGAGUUAGCCGGUGUUAUAUUUUCAAGGAUGGUGGUAGUGGAAGAUGCUAACAGCCCGAUAGCUGGUCUCUGGGAUGUGACGUCACAAAAAAGAGUGAGUAUCUUCCAGGGUUGUCAGCAGGGUUUUACUGAUAGAGCCACUGCAUUGAGGUUAUUGGAGGCACAGGCCUGUACAGGUGGAAUAUGUGAUCCUGCAUCAGGGGAGAAAUCUAGGCUGUCCGAAGCUGUUAAAAGAGGCCUUGUGGAUGAAGCACUAGCGCAGCAGCUUCAGCAGUUUGAGCAGGCGUAUUAUGGCAUUUUAAAUCCCCAAACAGGAAAAAUGUUAUCUGUUUCCCAAGCGGUCCAAGAAAAUCUCCUGCCAAAAGAUGUUGGUUUUCGCUGUAUUGAAUUCCAGCUUCUGACUGGAGGACUGGUGAACCCUGAAACACAGGAGAGAGUGUCUUUUGAGGAGGUGAUGCAGAGCGGCCUAGUGGACAAAGUCACUGCUGCUGUGCUCAAAGACGAAAAGUUUCACACCAAAUGUCUGGCGUGUCCGAAGACCAAGAGGAAGAUCACAUUUAAAGAGGCUCUGGAGAGGAGUGUAUUUGACUGUCAUACUGGGCUGAGGCUACUGGAGGCCACCAAACUCCACCCAUUUGGUGCCAAAGCAAUGUAUCACUAUAUUUUGGCAUAUAAAUAGCUACUUCAAGUUUGUAUGUCUGUCAUCGAAGUUUGGUAUUCAAUAAAUGUACCCGUUUUUCUUGUGCUUUGCAUCGUAUAACAUAACUUGAUCUUCAGCUGAGUUGUAUUUAUGUUAUUAUUUUUAUUUGAGCAUUUUGGAAUUCCCGACCCCACAAUUGACAUGGUUAGCAAUGACUGGAAAAUUACUGAAAAAUAUGUAU